CAAUGGAGGUAAAAGACGGUCUUGUUGUGUUAUCAUUCUUUCUAGUUAUAACUACGGCAUAUUUUUAUCACAGCAUUAUCGUUUUGCACGAUGAAGUGAAGCGUCAGAGUUCUACGAUCGAAACACUGAUAACCAAUAAGAACAACAUGGUUGACACAGUCGCCAGGCUUCAAUCUUACUAUGAUAGUGUUAAAAAGGGCCUUGCAGAAAAUAGGGAGCAGUUUAAAGACUCAUUUGGAGAUAUAAUUAAGGAAACUCGGGAAGUUUACCGGGUUAUCGAGGAAAUACACGAGAGAAUAAAUUUACUUGAAGAUGUCGUUCAUCAGCGACGUAAAAUAGGAAUUUUACCAUUAAUCAGAGAAGGGAUUUCAAGGCUUCUACAGAUAGGACUACACUUAGUUUUUGGACCAAAAGUUGAAUAUUUAGAAUGAAGCAAAAAAAAGAAGCCAAUCUAACAAUGUUUCUGUAAAAAAAAGUUACUGACUCUGAAUAUAAACACUUGUAUUGCAUAUAUUUUAGCUACAUCAAUAGUAAACUAAUAUUUUAUUCAUAAAUUUGUAAUAUAAAAUAUUUUAAAUGGUAUGGAAAUUACUUUAUGCAGUUUACAACAUAAUAUUUUUAACACUGGAAUAUAAAUAUUUACAAUAAAACCUGAUUAACAAUAAACACAGUUAGCAUAUGAGAAGUGAUCACUUAAAUUUAUGAAUAAUGGAAAGAAAGGUUAAAUUUUAAAAAAUCUGGUUCUAAGUAUCAUGCAUAUAUCAAAUAUAAAAAAAAAUAUCUCCAUCUCACAUAAAAUGUAUAUAUAUAUGUCGUGUAUUUUUUAUUAUUUGAUACAGAUUAUUACUUGUACAUAUAUAAUUGUGCCAGUCCUUACUUGUACAAUUGUUGUUGAAAAAAAGAUGAUAACUUGUACAACAUAAUAUAUUUGACUUGUAUGUGCUUUUAUUUUUGCUUUUAACAAAAUGUUUCAUUGAAAUACACCUUUCUUUGAGUAAGU